UUCGUCCCAAAAAGUAAAAACCCUAAAUUCUCACUUCUUUCGCUCUCAAAACCAAAACUAGAAGAUCGGGGAGACAAGAUGGCGGCCGGCGAUCACACCGUUUUGCAGCUCAGUACGCCGUCAACGGCGAACCUGUCGGCCAAGGUUCAUCCUCUCGUCAUCUUUAACAUCUGCGAUUGCUACGUCAGACGCCCCGACCAAGCCGAGCGCGUAAUCGGCACGCUCCUCGGCUCCGUCCUUCCUGAUGGCACCGUUGAUAUCCGUAACUCCUAUGCCGUUCCUCACACCGAAUCCGCCGAACAGGUUGCUUUGGAUAUUGAAUACCAUCAUAAUAUGUUAGUCUCCCACCAAAAAGUGAAUCCAAAGGAAGUAAUUGUUGGAUGGUAUUCUACUGGCCUUGGAGUCACUGGUGGUAGUGCAUUGAUCCAUGAUUUUUAUUCUAGGGAAGUCCCAAACCCUAUUCAUUUGACAGUGGAUACGGGAUUUAGGAAUGGAGAGGGCACGAUAAAGGCCUACGUUUCUGUCAAUUUAGCUCUUGGAGACCGACAGCUUGCUGCUCAAUUCCAAGAAAUUCCUCUUGAUCUACGUAUGGUUGAAGCUGAGCGACUCGGGUUUGACAUCCUGAAGACAACAGCGGUUGACAAACUGCCGAAUGAUUUGGAAGGAAUGGAAGUCACAAUGCAAAGACUGUUGGCUUUAAUAGAUGAUGUCUACAAAUACGUAGAUGAUGUUGUGGAGGGGCGUGUUGCGGCUGAUAAUAGCAUCGGCAGAUUUAUAUCAGACACAGUAGCCUCCUUGCCUAAACUAUCGCCAUCCGUAUUUGAUAAGCUUGUGAAUGAUAGUCUGCAGGAUCAGUUGCUGUUAUUAUACUUGUCGAGCAUCACUAGGACACAACUUGGAUUAGCUGAGAAGUUGAACACAGCUGCACAGAUCCUGUGAUUUGGGUCCAAAGUGAUAAAUUUUUGUUCUUAGGCGAAUCACGUGCUUUGAUUGUGGGAAACUUUAGCUGGAGAAAGAUUAUAUGUUAUUAUUAUUGGCGGUUCAAAAUGACCUCUGUAGUUGCUGUAAGUUGUCCUUUUCUCCUAAACUACAUGUCCUCCAGCUGUGAGGUUGAAUUAAAUUUCGCUUUUAAUUCCUUCUCUUUUUCUUCAA